AUGUCUCGCCACCACCCCGAUCUCGUCAUGUGCCGCAAACAACCCGGCAUCUCCAUCGGCCGCCUCUGCGACAAAUGCGAUGGCAAAUGCCCCGUCUGCGACUCCUACGUUCGCCCAACAACCCUCGUGCGCGUCUGCGACGAGUGCUCUUUCGGAAACUACCAGAACAAAUGUAUCGUCUGUGGUGGAGAGGGGAUCAGCGACGCCUUUUAUUGCUUUGAGUGUACGCGUCUAGAGAAGGAUCGCGAUGGCUGUCCGAAGAUUAUCAACCUUGGUAGUUCGAGGACGGAUUUGUUUUACCAGAAGAAGAAUUUUCGGAAUCAGUAUUAG